UCCAGAACCGUACCGCAACCAAAUGGAUCCAAAAUUCUCUUGGAUAUGUCGGCUCCUAACUUUGUUAUCCAAACCGAACCGAGAACCGACAAAACCAAACUAAAACCGAAUCGAAUUUUCUAAAUACCUGAAUGGAUCUAAACUUCUAGAACCAAAGAACCGAAAACUGAACUGGAAUCCGAAUACCGAGGGAUAUGAAAGACCAAUAUUAGCUAUUGCCGUAGCAAAAUCUGUUUCUUAUCAAGGACCAAUUACUUAUUGCGUAGGGUACUUAUAGCAUCGCAGGCCCACGAGCCUAACUUUCUGAUGAAUCUAGGGCAGCGAAGCCCACGAUAGAAAGGUUUUAAAUUGGUGAGCCUCUGCCUCAUACAAACACAGCACUAGGGUUUCAUCCACACACACUAGGUUCCAAAGGUUCAUCUCCAAGAUCAUUGAUGACGGGCCAAGAAAAGAAGAGGAAAAACACAAUAUCUCUUCCUACAGACUUGCUUGUGGAGAUACUCUCUAGGGUUCCAGAGGCUUCUCUUGCACGACUCCGAUCUACCUCAAAAGAAUGGAACGCUCUUAUCAAAAAAGAAGUGAGACGUGCGAAGAAGUCUCUUGUUGUCAUGUUAAUUGAUUAUAGGGUCUAUUUAGUUAGGCUUGAUCUCCACGACAACUUUGCAAAGGUAAGAAGUCAGUUCAGCCUUAAUGAUCCUCUUUCUAGUUCUUCAGAAGAAGUCGAUGUACGCCGCGUCUGCCACUGCGAUGGUUUAUUGCUAUGCACCACCAUGGACGAAAGACUAGUUGUUUGGAACCCAUGUUCAGGGGAAACCAGUAGGAUUGUCAAACCCUUAAAUUCCCACCAUUAUACCGAUACCUACGCUCUUGGUAAAUCCUCAUGCAACAACGAGUACAAAAUCUCGAGGGUCCAUCAUCCUGGACAUGGUUUCGGGCGGCCAUGCCUUGUUAAGUACGAAAUCUAUGACUUUACAUCUAAUUUGUGGAGGCUUGUUGGUGAGACUAGAGAGUGGUCACUUCCAGGGGCUUGGCAAUAUGGCACGUCUGUUGAUGGAAAUACUUAUUGGCUUUCUUAUGAUUUUAAUCAAGCCUGUCCAACCAACGUAAAUACCUUAGGAUGUUUUGAUUUUACAAUAGAGAGGUUUGGAUGUGUGUCUCUUCCGGUUGAUCCUCUUUCUUAUUAUGUUUAUGCUUUAUCAGUGACUAGAGAAGAGCAAAAACUUUGUCUGUUAACUUAUCGUUACGAGGGACAAGAUAUAGAUAUAUGGAUGGCAACUAAAAUUAAAAUUACUGGAGACAUGUCGUGGAGUAAGCUCCUAACAGUGAAACGAACCCAUCCGCUUUGUAAUGGGAUGAGUUUCUUGGCCGACCGUGAGAAUAAAGUUUUAGUGUGUCCCACUAAAUAUAAGAACUCUAGUAACUGCUUACACAUUGUGGGAACGGAUAAAUACAUACAAGUAGACCAUCAUGACGUCGGAUCUGAAUCCUCACUUCCUUACAGGUAUGAUGAUCCUACUUUGGUUCAAAUCCAACGAGGUUCUUUGGGGCUAGGCACAUGGAAAGCACCAAUGACGUAACUUAUAAUUGUCACACUAGUUUAUGCAUUGUUAUCCAAGUUUUCAUGAUAUUUGAUAAUGUUAAAAUGUAA